UUUGUUUCUGUUAGGGUAGCUACGCUACGGGUUUUUAAAUGCCGACACGAAACCUUCCCUGGUGAUAUGAACGGACAUUUGACUUGUCUGUAAAGGAAUGCCGCUUCUGAAACCGGACUAAAAAUCCAUCACUAGGCAACCAGAACGGUCAAUCAAAUAAUCUCCGGCUCUUAAUUUAACGUUUUUUAUUAAAUACCUUGAUUUACCAAGACAUUUAGUAGAAGUAAAACGCAUCUAGCUAACAUGCCAUACAAAACUGAACAAAAAAACAACAACACAGCAGCAUAUCGAUCAGCGACGUUUGUUGUCAAGGGGAAAAUAAAUAACAUUUUACGCCGGAGCAGAAUUCUACGGUCUGAAAAGCGUGAGCAGUGCAACAGGUUGUCCAUAUGCAACAAGCUGUGCUAUGCGGUGGGAGGAGCGCCCUAUCAGAUCACAGGCUGUGCUCUGGGCUUCUUCCUCCAGAUAUACCUGCUGGAUGUGGCCCAGUUGGACCCAUUCUAUGCGUCGAUCAUCCUGUUCGUGGGGAGGGCCUGGGAUGCUGUGACGGACCCGAUCAUAGGCUUCCUGGUCUCCCGCUCCCCCUGGACACGCUUCGGACGCAUGCUGCCCUGGAUCCUGUUCUCCACUCCUCUAGCAGUGGUCAGUUAUUUCCUCAUCUGGUGUGUUCCUCCGUUUGAGGACGGGAAGGUCAUCUGGUACCUGGUCUUCUACUGCCUCUUCCAGACCCUCCAGACGUGUUUCCAUGUGCCCUACUCCGCUCUCACCAUGUUCAUCAGUGAAGACCAGAAGGAGCGGGACUCUGCCACUGCUUACAGAAUGACGGUGGAGGUUCUGGGUACUGUGAUUGGCACAGCCAUCCAGGGUCAGAUUGUGGGCAUGGCCAACGCCCCCUGUAUCCUGGCCCCUGGUGACAAUGGAACGGCCGAGGGGCUAAACUCCUCCCUGCUGCUGGGACAGGAAGUUAACGCCACGGUCAUCUCUCCCGACAUCACACUGGACCAGACGAAAACAGCCUACAUGAUAGCCUCUGGUGCCAUCUGUUCCAUCUACGUUCUCUGUGCCGUGGUGCUGUUCCUCGGAGUCAAGGAGAGGAAAGAGUCGUCUCGCCCCCGGUCAGAGCUCAUGUCGUUCUGGCAGGGUAUCAGACUGGUGAUGGGCCAUGGACCUUAUGUCAAGCUGGUCAUGGGCUUCCUCUUCACCUCACUGGCUUUUAUGCUCCUGGAGGGGAACUUUGCUCUGUUCUGCUGCUACACUCUGGGUUUUAGGAACGACUUCCAGAACAUUCUACUGGUCAUCAUGCUCGCUGCGAUGCUCACCAUCCCCUUCUGGCAGUGGUUCCUCACCAAGUUUGGCAAGAAGACAGCUGUGUACAUUGGCACCUCGUCUGUGAUACCCUUCAUGAUCCUGGUGGUGUGUGUGAAGAGUAAUCUCAUCGUUACCUACACCGUGUCGUUCGCUGCCGGGGUUGGAGUCGCUGCUGCCUUCCUGUUGCCAUGGUCCAUGCUGCCAGACGUGGUGGAUGACUUCCAGGUCAGGAACCCACACUCUCAGGGCCACGAGGCCAUCUUCUAUUCCUUCUAUGUCUUCUUCACCAAGUUUGCCUCUGGAAUCUCCCUGGGGAUCUCUACUCUCAGCUUGGAUUUUGCUGGGUAUAUGACUCGAGGUUGCACCCAGCCUGAGAACGUGGAUAUAACCCUAAAGGUUCUGGUCUCCGCGGCGCCCAUAGGACUCAUUCUGAUUGGCCUGGUCUUAUUCCGCUCUUAUCCAAUCGACGAAGAGAGGAGGCAGGGCAACAGGAAGCUGCUUCAGGAGCAACGGGAAAAUGAGGCAGACUCAGAAACCGACUCCACUGCACUGACCAACAUGGUGUAGGUUCUAGAACACUCAUGGACCAUUGGGGUGACACUGUUGUCUGCACUGGGUGGGGCUAACGAGGGCUGGACCUAUCACGACGGAGAUGCUGCUCCCAUCCAAUCAUACUACUGCUGCUGCUCAGACGUCUCAGAGUGCCUGUCGUCAUGACGAUGCACCAGGGCAAGGAACAACAAAGUAUCUUAUGGCGACAAAAUCAUAAGACGGACGGAUGACCUUCCUGGUUCAAUUCCAGCCCACUUAAGCUGUGACAAACUUUCUCAACAGAGAAAAGGCAUCCUAUGCGGACUCAAUAGGCUACUGUAAGACACAGCCUUUUUGUUGUCGUCCGUGAAUGUUGCACAAAACCUUGAAAUGUGAUGCGUGCUGUUGUGUACCAUUUAGUGUAUAUUGAAUAUUGCCAUCAGAACUUUAUCUAUCAUGGGUACAAUUUUCAAAAGCUCAAUACUUUAGACACACUGCACUAGAACAAUCUUUUACACACCUCAUGUGUCCCUAAUGGGGAAAACUUGAACGGCCGUCUUUUUCUUGGGUGAAGAAGACAGUUUAAUAGCUCAAUAAAAUGGCUUUAUGGUUUAGCUCUUUUUUCAACGGGGUUUACAUUUCAGAAGCCAGACAAAUUAUUUUGAUAUGUACGUAUGACAUUUUUAUAGAAUAUUAGUACAACUAUUAUACAUGUUUCUACCGACUUCAGUUUGGUACCGUCUUGAUUGUUAUGUACGAAACAAGUCAGAACCCUAUCUAGCAGUGAAAGAUUCUCAACGUCUGGAAAAAGUGUGAUUUCAUAAUUUAGUUCCUGUUUGAGACGUUUAAGACCCUUGUCUACAAUUUGACACUUUACAAUGGAGUUCUCUUAUCACAUGUUCCUUUUUGUUUUACAAUGUGUGUUCAUGCAGUUCGAAACCAACUCCUGUUGUUUCCUUCCUCACUUUUCAUUGGCUUAUUCAACAGGGGUGUAUUCACUAGGAAGCAAAGGAGGGGGAACCUACCUACCUACCUGAAUUUGUCCAAUAGAAACGUGUUUUCAUUUGUGAAACAUUUUGCUACGGUGUGCACCAAGGAAUACACCCCAGUAAUGCCCGGAAGAGAUUGUCCAAACUGCAACACUAUACCUAACUAUACCUGUAAGCAAAAGCUGUGCUCCUCUCAAAAACACUAGUUCUUAGUCUCUCAACAUUUAAACCAGAACCACUACAGCGCAAUAACUGUUAACCAAGCUAUUUUACACAGCCUGUACAAUCAAUAACAACACGUAUUUAAAGUUAUUUUUCUUACAGCUAGUCAUUGACUUUAGUGUUGGGCAAAACCAUAACGACAGCUGGUACUAAUCUAGAAAGAUUGCAUUAUUUAAGUAUUUAUGUUAAAUUUGCUGCGUGGGUUGAGAAUGUUCUGCUUCUAUUAUGCAUUUGUCCUAUUGAAAGAGAAGACGUUUUAGGUUGCUGUUCCAACUGCAAUGCAUUAUGAAUGCGUGCUACAACGUUCUCACUUUGUGUAUAUUGACCUCAAAAUUCCCACGGGGGGGCCAGUAUAAAAAAAGAUGUAUUCACUAACUGUAAGUCGCUCUGGAUAAGAGCGUCUGCUAAAUGACUAAAAUGUAAAUGUAAAACCUUUUAAUUUGAAAGUUCAUUUUCUUUUUAAAACAGUGAGUUCUCAGCCUUGUCUUUUUUUAAAUGCAUGUGCAUAGCUUGCAGCUAUGUUUGUUUGCUUCAUAAAGGGAAGAAGCACAAAAGUCAAAGUAUUGGAAAAUGGAGUGGGGAGUGAAUUGCCUGUAUCGUGAAGUCUGAGUUUGUUGUAUUGAAAGUGUCUACCAUGACGUCACUUGUCUAAACUGACCUACAGGGGGAAAGAAACAAGACCAUUCAUCACAGUCCUGUGGAAAAGAUAAUCCUACAUUUCAUGUAAUAUGUUAUACACACAUGAUAAUACACUUUGAUCAGUGCCUUCAUAAUGGUUGAAAUGUUUGACGUCUCUCGUGGUCAAGUUCUGGUUCAGGGCGUUAGACAGAGGAACAGUCUAAUGCCCUGGGGGUGUAUUCAUUACACUGAUUCUGUUGCAAAAUGUUUCUUAAACGGAAGCGACUGGAAUGAAACUGGGAGGGACCUACCUGAAUUUGUCCAAUAGAAUCUUGUUUGUUUCAUUCUUAAACGGUAAAUGGUUUCUGUAAUGAAUACUCCCCUGGACCAGAGUUGGACAUCUUGUGAGCCAAAAGCGGGAAGAGAGGGGACAAAUCCAACUUCAGUCACCAGAUGGCCCCCAUUUCUACCUGAGCAGUCUUAUACAAUGGGAAAACAUGUCAUUUUUUUUGUUAAUAUUAUUUUUAUGAAUAUGUUUGGAGAUGGAGACCUUCCCGCCUGACUCUGAGGCAGUGGUAGCCAAAUGUUUGACCUCUGACCCAAUGGGAAUAUCUCUGUAUAUAUCACUAACACCGAACGCUCAAAUAACGCCUUGUAUACAUGCUGCCUCCUGUGCAUAAUGUAAAUAUUGUAUGUAAGUAAAAGUUGUAAAUAUAUUUUUGUUGCCAGAAACUGAUGUGAACUGGUAUUCAUCGACGUAGUUAUUUAAAAAGAUGUUGACGAUAAAAUAAAUGUUAAUAAAUACUAACAGAUACAGUA